AUGAAACAGUUCUUGCUAGUUCGCUAUCAGCUUACCAAGUUCCAAAUAGGAAGCGAGUACAGUCUGACGUUCUUUCCCGAGGCUCGACUGAAGGAACUGGCUGUCCGUCUUGGCCAUGACCGCGUGUCACAUGCUCGGGCGAAGGUGGUCAACAUUAUAGGAGAGCGUAUGAGGACUAUCGAGCGAGUACCGGCUCCUGCGCCAGACUCCGAUCGCAUCCGCGUUUUUGACAUCGAAGAAGGAUACAUAAAGACUUGCGUCCAAGCUUAUUUCGAGCACGUCGAUCCAAUCCAUCCAUUCCUCGAUAGGCGGCAAUUCGAAAGCGUUGCUCUCAGCCCGCAUCUGAGCGAGAAACUUGCCAGUGAUAAAUCGUGGUCCGCCUUGUUUUAUACUAUUCUCGCAUUGGGUUCGCAGUAUCACGAUGGCGGCAGUUAUAAACCCACAAAGAGUGGAAGCUGGCGAUUCUUUGGCACGGCUCUAGCCAUUUUUCCUGAUCUGUUAAUUAGCAGAACCACAUUGAACACCGUUCAAGCGCUAACAGCCAUGGCAAUAUUUGCCUCUAACCUUUCAUGUCUGCAAAUUGAAUACGCCAUGGUGUCCGAAGGGGCCAAGAAAGCACAAACACUAGGAUACAACCGAUCGACGGCGCCUGGUGAUGACGAACGGAACCGCACAUUCUACGUUCUUUAUUUCCUUGAAAAGAACAUGUCAUUCAAUAUCGGUAGAUGCUCUACCAUUAUGGAUUCGGAUAUUAGCAGUGCCAUUCCGACUCAGCCGCUGUCGUGCAGCGGCGUAUCUUUUGACUGGACCCGUGCGUCAAUCCGAAUAUCACGACUCCUAAGUCGCAUAUAUGCAUCUUUGUUCUCUGUCAGCGUACGAGGCAGACCAAAAUCUUAUUACAAUACGACCAUCCACAACUUAAAAUCCGAGCUGGGAGUAUGGGCAAAAGCGAUACCCGCGGAGCUUCGGCCUGGACAGCCAAUACGGCGGUAUACACAAACCACACCGAUGAUCGAUAUUAGUAUACGGCUUCAUUAUCUGUAUCACGGCACGAUGAUGCAUCUUGAUCGUACUGCUCUUCAAUUGGAGGAUGAGCCUAGCGCCCGGUCCGACCUGGUGAACGGCAUUAUGCGCACCGCGCGGACGGUCCUGGAGCUCACAAGAUUUAUCGAAAUCCAGCCUUAUACGCCCAUCUGGAUCCUUGCGAGCGUUCCGUUGGCAGCUUAUCUCGUUCUUUUCGAUCUUCUCAUCGAUGAUCCGACACAUCCAGAAACCGCGGCCAACCUGGCCCUGCUAGAUGUAGGCAGUGGUCAUUUCAGCGGCUUGGAAUACGCUUCGCAGGGAAUACUCCCAGGAUCCAUCGCAUCAGAGUUAACGCAGAUAGCGCGAGCUUAUGUGCGGGAGCAAAACGAUUCAGAGACGAAUAGUCGCCCGAAAUCGUCUAACAUAUAUGCCGAAGGCGCAACCUCGACUAACCGACUGCAGGAAGCAACAGUUGCUGAGGCGCCAUCAGCUUUCCCUUCCUAUGCGGAUUUGCAGCCAUUUCCUCUGGGAUGGAAUCUUCGGAAUGAUGGUGGAACAACGCUCGACGGUGAAACGUUUGACUUGUUUGGUUCGUACUACCCGCUCUGGGAUGAGGGUGCUGCGUACAACACGAUGAGCCUAUAA